AUGAAUUUAACAACCAUUUUUAAGAGAGAUAAAAGGAAAAGCGAUGAGGAAAUAAGCCAUGCUAUUACGAAAAAAUUAAAACAGUGUAACAUGUUGAAAUCAUUACUAACUAUUCCAAGUGAUGAACAUACUACCCCUUCGCUAUUUGCGAAGAGUCUAUGCAAAGAUGAGCAAAUAAAUGACGCCAAAAAUCGAGACAAUAAAUUUUUAAGUAUAAAUAAAAUAAUGCAUAAAAAAUGGUGCAAAGGAGAAAGUGAUGAAAAUGCAAAAAAAGACGACAACAUGGAAAUUGAUAAAAAUGAAAAUAAUUCCAAUGCUAACCAUCAUCUUAAUGACUCAACAAAAUUUGGAUAUGUAUGUUUAGAAAAUAUGGAAAACAAACAUAUUCAAAAUAAAAGUUCAACUAAACCAACACAAAACAAUUUAAACAAUAAUGAAGAUAUGUGUAGAAUGAAAAAGUUACCAAAAAUGGGAAAAUCUGGAGAAAAAAAUGAACGAAAAAAAAAGUUUAAAAAAAAAUCUAAAAAUAAUUAUAACAACUAUAAUACAAGUUGUGAAAGCAGCUACAGUAGCAGUGAUGAAAGAAAAGAAGUCGGAUUAGAAACACAAGGUUAUAGUACCGAAUAUUUAUGGGAAGGAUUACUAAAAAAAGAUGUAGUACUUUUAUUAAUUCAAGCAAUUAAAAAUAUGGGAUAUACAAAAUCAGCAAAAAUUUUAGAAUCAGAAAGUGGCAUAGAAUUAGAACAACCAUUAAUAAAAGAUUUACACAAAAAUAUAUUAAAAGGAAAUUGGGGAAAUAGUAUAAAUAAUUUAAAAAAAAUAAAUAUAAAUAAUAAAUUAAUGAAAGCAAUUAAAUUUUUAAUAUACGAACAAUGUUUUAUUGAAUAUUUAUAUCAAGGAAAAUAUUUUGCUGCUUUAAGAUGUUUAAGAAAUAAAUUGAGAAAAUCUUGUUUUGAUGAAGAUACAUAUAAAAGGUUACAUGAAUGUACAACAUUUUUUAUGUUUCAAAAUUAUGAGCAUUCAAAUAAUACAAUAGAUAUGAAUACUACUAAAAUUCAUUCUAUAAAUGAUAAGAUAAAACUUCGAAAUUCACGUAAAGUUUUGUUUGAAAAAAUAAAUAGAUUAUUACCUGAGCAUAUAUUAAUACCCCCUAGACGACUAGCCAUUCUACUACAUCAAUCCCUCAAAUAUCAAGUAGACAAUUGUUUAUUUCAUAAUAAUUUUUCAGAUUUAAAAUUAACUAAGAACAUGCAAUAUAAUAAAAUGCUAAAUAAGUCACGUCUUAGUAACACAAGCUGCAUUCAUUCAGACCAUCAUAAGAAUGACGAAGAAAAAAUAGACGAUAAAAUUUUCAAUAACCUUUUUAGAGAUAAAUAUUAUGAAGAUAAUAAUUCUUUUGAAACAAGACCAUCACAACAUAACUACACAGAUAAUGAAUCAUCUUUAUGUAUAGGUAUGUUAAAUAUUAAUAAUAUAGAAAAAUUAAAAAAAAAUACGGAUAUACAUCAUGAUAACCCUGAUAAUAUAAAUUGCUCUUUAGAAUAUGGGCAAAUUGUAGAAAGUAAUUCAAAUAAUUAUAUGAGCACUAAUAUUGCAGAUUCUCCUGAAAAAAUACAAGACACAUAUUUAAACAUAACUAGUAAUGCACCGACUCCUAAAAUUCUAAAACUAAAAAGUGAAAUUGAAGCAGGUAUAGAAGAAGCCGAAAAAGAUAUCGAAAAAAAUACAGUAUCUACACAAGAUGCCAACAAUUAUAUAUCUGAAAAUUUAUUAAAUUGUUCUUUAUCAAAUAAUAUUGAUGAAAUAGAAAAAGGAGAAACAAAUUUUAAUGAAAAUAAAACAUUAGUAAAUAAAAAAUAUGAUUGUAAUUGUCAAGUUGAAAAGUUACAAUGUGACUGCAUAAAAUUCGAUGAUAGUAAUGAUAAUAAUAAAAUAUGUCAAAAUGGUAGUAAUACAAUUAUGUAUAGUAAAACUAAACAUGUUUCAAGUUUCUUAGGGUUAAAACAAAAAGGAAAUUUAAAAAAUAAUAAAAUAAAUUUACUAAAUAAUUAUAAUAACAAAUAUAUGGAUAUAAAUAAUAAAAUAAGUUCUUGUAGUCAUUUAUCUUUACUAAAAAAUCAUGAAUGUAAAAAAAUCGAACUCCCUUAUUAUUGUAUUAAAGUUUUACAAGGACAUAAAGAUGAAGUAUGGUAUGUUAGUGUGUCAGGAGAUGGUAAAUAUAUUGCAUCUUCAAGCAAAGAUAAAAGUAUAUUUUUGUGGAAGGGAACAUAUCCAUUUAAUAAAAUAAGAGAAUGGAAUGGACAUUUAGAUGGAGUUAGUUACAUCUGUUGGAGUUAUAAUAAUAAAUAUUUAGCUUCGGGUUCUAAUGAUUCUAAUAUAAUUAUUUGGAGUCCUAAAAGUAAUAAAAAAAAAUUAUGUUUAACUAUGCAUAGUGGACCUAUAACAUCUGUAUGUUGGACAAAAAAUAAUUCUACUAUUAUAUCAUCUGGAUUUGAUAAAAAAAUAUAUUGUACUAAAGUAAAUAUAGAAUUAAAAAGUUUCUCGAUUUUAUAUGCAUGGUCAUUUAGUACAAGAAUACAAAAUUUUGUUUUUACAAAAAAUGAAAAAUAUUUAAUUGUUGUCCCAGCAGAUAAAAAUGUUCGAAUUAUUGAUUUUAAUAUGAAAAAAGAAUUAUAUAUUUUACCUGAAAAUGAUACAAUAACAUCUUUAUGUGCUUCAAACAUAUAUAACCAUGUAUUAGUUAAUAUAGCAGAUCAAAAACCGGUUAUCAAAUUAUGGGACAUUAAAUAUAGGUAUGUUAUUCAAAGCUAUAGAGGACAUAAACAAGGACGAUUUAUUGUUCAUUCAACUUUUGGCGGGAAAAAUGAAGAUUAUGUUAUUAGUGGCAGUGAAGAUAGUUUAAUAUAUAUAUGGCAUAGAACUAAAGGGUAUUUAUUAGAUGUUAUUAAUGGACAUGCAUCAAAUGUAAACAUAGCAAUAUGGCCUCUUGCUUCCUCGAAAUUUCCAUAUAUGGUAUCCGCUUCUGAUGAUCAUACUAUAAUGAUUUGGAAUACACAUCCAAAAAUUAAUAAGUCGAAAAAACAUAUAUAUUUGGAACGAGAAAAGAAACGAAAUGCUGAAAAAGGGAAAAAAAAAUCAAAAAAAAAUAUUUUUCAUCAUCCGUUUUUGAGGGAACUAGCCAAAUUAAGUGGCAUGGAUGUUCAAGUUCUCUCACCAAAUGAUGCUCAUAUGUUUUAA